UUUCUGAACGAAUACAACGGUUCGAUGAAUUAAGAACGGCACGCCGCCAUCUUGAAAGCGUAAUUGUUGUCAUGUUUACGUUUAUUCAUUUGUAUGUGAAAUAACACUUUUAUUAUUUUUAAGCUGAAAAACAGAUUUGAUGUAACUGUUCACAUUAAGUGAGGUGAUACAAUGUUUUACGCACAUUUUGUGCUGGCCAAAAAAGGCCCAUUGGCCAAAAUUUGGUUGGCGGCUCACUGGGAUAAGAAAUUAACUAAAGCUCAUGUAUUCGAGACGAAUAUUGAGAAGUCGGUGGACGGCAUUUUGAAGCCAAAAGUUAAAAUGGCAUUGCGUACAUCUGGCCAUUUAUUAUUGGGUGUGGUGAGAAUCUACUCUAGGAAAGCCAAGUACCUACUGCAGGACUGUAAUGAAGCCUUCGUUAAGAUCAAGAUGGCCUUUAGGCCGGGAAUGGUGGACUUGCCCGAAGAACACAGAGAGGCAGCCAUGAAUGCAAUUACAUUGCCUGAAGUCUUCCACGACUUUGACACCGCUAUGCCCGAGUUAAAUGAGGUUGACAUUGAGGCCCAGUUUUCUCUAAAUCAAUCAAGAGCUGAAGAGAUUACUAUGAGAGAGGAUUAUGGUUCAUUGAACCUUGUUACUCAUGAUGAUGGAUUCGGUGAUAUGGGUUUUGAUACUGAUAACCCUGAUAUUAUGAGAGAAGCUAUCGGCAAUGAAGGGGGCUUAGAACAGAGUAAUCUACUGUUUGCGGAUGGUUCAUCUUUAGAGUUGGGUGGAAAAGACGCAAGUAAUAAUGCAGGGGUGCCAACAUUAGCACCAGCGUCUCAUGAGCCGCGUAUGGAGGCUGCACCAAACGGACCCAUGGAUGAUGGUUUUGGUGGCACUAUUGGAGAUGUGGGAGAUUUUGGACAUGCUGGUGGAUUGUUUGAAGGGGAUUUGUUUGGUGAUGUAACGGCCGGUAGCUCUGCCGGUGGUGCUAACGCUGGUCUACCUGGCACAUCUGCACAACCACAGUCAUUGCAGGCGGAGAUAGAAGCUGCGGGGGGCGUGGGCUCGGAGGCAGCGGAUUCGGAUGACGAUAUGCAUUAUGAUGCACCACCAUCACCACACUCCACCGGCGACGAACAUGGAGACGAUAGGACGUCGCCACAACACGAACAGCACGGAUGGACGUCUCCCCGCGAGGAGGCGAGAGGUGACGACGCACUGAUGCCGCCACCAGCGGCGCCGAGACCGAGUUCCGUCCGCCCUAUGGAGGUGGAUCAAGAGGUCCCCGCGGAGGAAACUCCAAACGAGGAAGCCGUCCCUCCCGCGCCGGCCGCAGAGUCUUCAGCUCAGCAACAGAAUGAUGAAGAAUCGUUUGCCUUAGCGCCUGUAGACGCCACUGUGGUUAAAGGUGCUACUAAAACGAAACGCAAGCGCAAGCUCAUUGUAGACGACACUAAAAACAUAUCAGGGGAAGAAAUGAAGAAUCAAUUGAGUAACACGUCAGAUAUCCUUAUAACCUUGGACUUGGCUCCGCCCACCAGAAGACUGAUGCAUUGGAAGGAAUCCGGAGGAGUAGAGAAACUGUUCACUCUCCCCGCCAUCCCUAUACCCUCCAGAGUGUUGUUUAAGAAGUACCAGCAGUAUCUAGCACAACGUAUGGAACCCGAGCCUGAAGAGGCGGUACGUUCACCUGAUCCCGAGCCGCCUGUCGCGAGAAGGGCCGGGCGGAAGCGGAGACAUGACGAUAGUAUUCAUCCACCCGAAACGCCGGCGCCUCCUCCGCAAGCAGAAUUGGAACCUCCGACUCCGAUACCCCAAGAGUAUGAACCAUCUAUUGAGGAAAGAGAUCGUACGCCGCCGCAGUCGCCCAGACACGAGACAGACAUCGAAGCACCCGGCACGCCAGGUAUGCUGUCUUCUUUGGGUGCCCCUCUAACCCCAGGCGGCCUGGGUCCUUUGACUCCGGGUACAUUACUUCAGGGUGGCAUCACGCCUGGCAGUCUACCACACGGCGCUAUGACACCAGGCGGUUUGACUCCCGCGGGACUGCACCAUGGAGAUCAACCGGAUCUUGGUUUGCAUUCUGGUAUGAUGUCUGGUGGAAUGACUCCAGGCGGUAUGACCCCUGGCUUAGGAUUAGAUGGUGGUAUGACUCCGGCUGGGUUACAUCAUGCUUCAAUGACACCAGGGGGUCUUGAUCACGGUGGUAUGACACCGGGUGGUCUCGGUCAUGGAGGAAUGACACCGACGGGUCUCGGUCAUGGAGGUAUGACUCCAGCCGGGCUUGGUCAUGGCGGUAUGACGCCUGCUGGACUGAGUCACGGCGGCAUGACCCCGGCGGGAUUGGGUCACGGCGGCAUGACUCCGGCCGGCCUUGGUCACGGUGGUAUGACCCCUGCCGGACUCGGUCACGGCGGUAUGACCCCGGCUGGACUACAGCACGGUGGUAUGACCCCCGCUGGGUUGCAACACGGCGGUAUGACACCUUCAGGUUUGCAGCACGGCAUGCUGCAGCAUGGGAUGGAGUUGCCGAUGAUGCCUCAGAUGGGUGGCGAACACCCGCUGCUGUCAGCAACGCCGCUGGCGCAUCAUCAGCACUCGCACGACCUUCACACAGGACCAAUGGACCCGCUGCCGUUGCCCCUGGACCACCCUGAUUACCAGAGCGGCAUGCAAAUGACCAAUCUAGGAUACGACGACAACCACGGCCAGCAGAGUCCGCAACAUGAUUACGACUUGCCGCUCAGCGUCGAAAAUCCGGAGGAAGGUGGCAGUGACGCUCGUGAGGCUGGUGAGACGGAGGAGCAGUUUGAAGAGCGCGUCCUUAACAGAAGAGCUGCACAACUGUUCGCUGUCAUGAGGCCCAAGCUGGCUGCGGGCAUGAUGCUGGCAUUCACCGACUUGGCGCCGAGACAUAAUAAUAGGAAACAGGUGGCGCAAAAAUUCUACAGUUUACUAGUGCUCAAGAAGCAUCAAGUGCUAAAAUUAGAACAAAACGAAACAUACGGGCCUAUCACAGUAACGAAAGGCCCGCAGUUCGAAACGGAUGCUAUAUAAUUUAUAAUAAAACUAUAAUGUUAAAUUAUAAUGAAGCUGGGUGACUCGGGUUUGGUUGAGCCAAGCAAGUGUGCGAUUCGAGUUUGUAGACAUUUUGGACCAAAUAUGUAUAGUGCUGUAAUGCAAUUAAAAAGGCUGGGUUUUAUUGUAGGCGACUUGGACAUUCAAUGAGGGGAUAAAGCGAUUUUAUUAAAAAAAAAAAAGUUUUAAACAUGUUUUGCAUCAGGACAAAUUAUGUGGGACAGAAACAUGUCGUCAAUAUAUAUAAAAAAAACAAUAAUACAAUAAUUUCUAUGAACUCGAAUGUAUGUAACAUGAAUAUAUGAAAGAAAUGCCUUAAUUCGUUUGCUGUAGUUCUAAGAUAUGUUAAAGAAGAAAAUUUUAAUUGUUUAAUAGCUUUCAUUUGAUAGAAAUUUACUAUUGUGAAUAUUUAAUGUUAAAACGAUAACACUAACUUAGAAUCCACGGUUCACUUGUUUUAUGAGUCUGAUUAUAUGCAACAUCAGUCCAUAGUCCAUUCCAAUGUUACAUGACACGCUGUGAUAGUGUUAUGAAUUAUGAAAUGUGAUUAAGAGGGUUCCGCGGGAAAAACACCAUUGGCUGCCCAGCGGACCGAACAUUGACAGACUUAUUGUUGUGUUGGAUUUAAAAAAGGAAUAUGUAAAUUAUGUGUAAAGUAUCGGUUAAGUGGAUGAGGGGAUGACUUGUAGUGAUAGAGAUUUGUUUAACUGGAUCUAACAAAGCAAAUGUACAAGUAGGGUUAAUGUACUCGGGAACACCAAAAAUCAUGCAGACAUUGUCUCUAACCAGAGUAAUGAAAUAUAUUUACAUGUUUAUUACUAUAUUGUUGUGAGUGAGUGAAUGAAUGGACUUUUUUUUUAUUUGGACGUAGAUUUUUUUCAAAUUGUAUGAUUGAUUGUAAAAUUAUUGUAACGCAUUCAGAAUGCCUGGAACUGUUUAAGUGUAUUAAGAUUUUUUUUUUUUGUAAUUUAAUCGUGUCCCUUCGCCGUUCAUUGCGAAGGGACUCGCUUAGAUGAUAAUCAUUAAUAUAUUUUUUUUUGUAAUAAAUCUGUUGAUAAUAUA